AUGUAAUUCAAACCAGCACCCUCUAAUCUCAAUUAAAUAAGAGCAUAAAAGGUAAAAUUUGAUGAUAAAGAACUAACAUUUUUAAAGAAAGAGAAAAAAUUAGAAUAACGAAUAACUGAAUUGAUGUAGGAAUUACAAUAGAUUCCAAAAUUAUAAGAAUAAAUAAAAAAUUUGAAUGAAUAAAUUGAAAAAUAGGAGAGCACUAUCUAAAGAUUCAGAUUAGUAUAAAGCAAUGAAAGAACAUUAAAUGAAAGAAUUCAGAAUAAGGAAAUUACAAUAUAAAACUAAGAACAUGAAAUUGAAUAAUUGAAUAAAAAAAUUGAUUAACUAUAGAAAGAUGUUUGUUAUGAAAAACAAAAUAAAUAAAUAACAUAUCAAAUUAAAUAACCAGUUAAAUCUUUAACUGUAUAAUAAGAAUAAGAAAAACCUAUUAGAGUUUAAGAACUUGAAAAAUAAUUACUUUAUAAAACAUCUGCUGUUCUAAAAGUAUAAGAGAAAAAAAGAUAAAUGAAAAAACAAUACAAAAAUAGAAUUGAAUAAUUAGAAUAAGAAUUAAAAGAUUAUAAAUAUGGCUAUGAAACAUAUUAUGAAUAAAAUGAAUAACUUACUGAAUAAUUAAGAGAUACUUCAGCAUUAUGUAUAAUUUAUUAAUUAUUAUUAAGGUGGUUAAUUGACAAGUGAAAAUUAAUCAUUAAAAGAUUAAUUAGAAUUAUUUAAAUGUGUUCCAUCUGAAGAGAGAGACAAAAAUUAAGACACAAAAUACAUAAUUGAAAUCUAAAAUUUAAGAAAUCGAAAUUUACAAUAACAACAAUAGAUAUCAUAAUUAUAAUAUGAUAUUAGUGAGUUGAAAACUUAAAAUGGAAUUCUUAUUGAAAAACUUAAGACUAUAGAUUCUGUAAAAUAAAAAAAUGAUAAAUUGUAAGGAGAACUUAUGCUAUUAGAAACAGAAAAUGAAAGACUUAAGAGAAAGAAUCUAAGUGAUUUAGAUCAUAUUGAAUAAUAAAUAGUCUAAAUUAGUUUAAAGGAAUAAUAAAUAAAAGAUAAAAAUUAUGAAUUAGAAUUGAAAUAGAUAAAUUUACAUUAAAUGAUUAAAUAUACAAAUGGUAUGAAAGAAGAAAAUGAAUAAUUAAAUUCUGAAAUAGUUAUUUUAAAAUCAUAAAUUAUAGAUUUAAGAAGAUAAUUUGAAUUUGUAGAAGAAAAACAUGAAGAAGAAAUGAGAAUUUUAGAAGAAAAAUUAAAAUUAUAAUAAACUUAAACAAAUUUUAGAAUAAUUAAUUAAAUCCCAGUUUAAAUUAAUUCACCAUAUUAGAUACCUUAAAUCGAGCGUCAUUAUUUAUGA